GCACCGCGGCCGGCCGCGCGCCGUAAGGAGUGGCACUUUUAAAAGUGCAGCCGGAGGCCAGCCCGCAGCUACCAGCACGUCUGUCCUGCGCCGGGUCCCGCCCGUCCCAGCCGCGCGCCCCGGUCCUGCAGCAGUCCGGCCCAGGCCAGUCUAGCCCGCACCAUGCCGGUCAAAGGAGGCACCAAGUGCAUCAAAUACUUGCUCUUCGGAUUUAACUUCAUCUUCUGGCUUGCGGGGAUUGCAGUCCUUGCCAUUGGACUAUGGCUCCGAUUCGACUCUCAGACCAAGAGCAUCUUCGAGCAAGAAACUAACAAUAAUAAUUCCAGCUUCUACACAGGAGUUUACAUUCUGAUCGGAGCCGGCGCCCUCAUGAUGCUGGUGGGCUUCCUGGGCUGCUGCGGCGCGGUGCAGGAGUCCCAGUGCAUGCUGGGCUUGUUCUUCGGCUUCCUCUUGGUGAUAUUUGCCAUUGAGAUAGCUGCGGCCAUCUGGGGAUAUUCCCACAAAGAUGAGGUGAUUAAGGACAUCCAGGAAUUGUACGAGGACACCUACAACAAGCUGAAAACCAAGGAAGGGCCCCAGCGGGAAACGCUGAAAGCCAUCCACUACGCGUUGGACUGCUGUGGUUUGGCUGGGGGCGUGGAGCAAUUUAUCUCGGACAUCUGUCCCAAAAAGGACAUACUCGACAGCCUCACCGUGAAGUCCUGCCCAGCGGCCAUCAAAGAUGUCUUCGAGAACAAAUUCCACAUCAUCGGCGCAGUAGGCAUCGGCAUUGCUGUGGUCAUGAUCUUUGGCAUGAUCUUCAGUAUGAUCCUGUGCUGUGCUAUCCGCAGAAACCGAGAGAUGGUCUAGAGUCAGCUUAUGUCCCUGAGCAGGAAAGUUUACCCCAGAAGACUGUUGGGUUAUUUUGGAUUUUUGCCACUAACUUUAGUAUUCAUUCUGCAUUUCUAAACCAAGAAAGUUAUUGUAUGUUUGUCUUUUAAUGCUUUAUUCGAUAUUGAUAUUUGUAGCUGAAGGGGCUCAGGUUUGCUUUAGGUUUAUAUUUUUUUGGUUG